AUGCCUCAAGCGCUGAAAGACUGUCGAACCUGCAAUCGCCGUCGCAUUCGCUGCGACCGGACCAUUCCUGCCUGCUCGAAAUGCGUGUCCCGAAAGCUGUCAUGCCCAGGCUACGAGAAACAACUGAAGUGGGUGUGUGGCGCGGUCAGUAAGGGGCCUUAUCGAAAAUAUUAUUGCCAUGGUGAGGCAGAUGUGAGCCUUGUAAAAACCAGUGGCUACAAACGCAUUGAAAAUCAAGAGCAGGCAAGCGUGGCCUCAGAGCGGGCGACGCCCGAUUCGCCGACCACUUCCCGGCCUGGGAACUACCCAUUUGUGGUGUGUCGAACGAAUCUAGAAAACCCUCAGCUAAGCCAAUCUGGAGCGGCCUUUCUGUUGAACCACUUCACCCGAGUUGUUGCCAAUCAGCUGGUCUGGUAUGACGACGACGCCAACCCAUGGCGGAAUUUGAUUGUGCCACUUGCCUUGGACUCACCGACGCUUCUCACGACCAUUCUUGCUAUAGCAUCUGGAAACAUUGUGUCGAGAACGCAAGGUGAUAACCAGCACACAGGAAAAAUUUAUCGGUCAAUGCAAUUCCAUCGUGAGCAGGCGCUAAGGUUGCUGUCCAAAGACAUUCGGGUCAUGAGUAAUCUCACAUCAACGAAAUCAUGGCAGCCGUCCCAUUCGCGAUGGGGAGAUGCAACACUAGCGAGCGUCAUCCUUCUCUCCUACUUGGAGAUUCACUUUCCUACGUCGGGUGUGUGGCGAUUGCACCUAAAGGCAGCUCGACAAGUCAUUCUAGCAAUUGAAAAGCCCUCAAUCUCGGACCGAACGACAAUUUUCUUGACGGAGGAGCUCUUUGCUGCAACCACUUGGGCGCUCCUGACCGACUAUGAUUUCGAUGCGUCUGUCAGCGGUUAUGAUCUUCACAUAUCGCAUGACAACCAUGCUCCCCAACCUCAAGAACUGCAAGAGAUGGUCGCCAUACCAUAUCAGGAUUCUGGAUUUGCAGGUUUCUGUCUUGCUAUACAGCAGAUUACUCGGAUGGAGCGAAUACUCCGGCAAUCAAGAGUCCAUGGGGUGCCAUAUAUGGACACCGAGACCAUUUUGGCGCAGAUUGAUCGCAUGCUCUCAGAAGCUCGGCGCUGCGCACUCGGAUCUGCAAAACCUGAACGCCUCCGGUGCACGAAAUCCGAACACCUUGAUGUCCGAAAUCUGAUUGAUGCCAUCUAUCACGCCACUUCAGUCUACAAAUUACGAGCGCUACAAUGCACAACAAACGCAGAAAGCACCCUGAACUACCACCGAAACCAGCUCUUCAGGUCUCUACUGGCAUUUCACGACCUGGAGUCAUUCGCCCAAGACCAAACAUGGUCUCUGUUCGUGGCUGGUACAGAGAGCAAAGGCGACGUAACAAGACAGGUUUGGAUCAGGCGUCGGUUCCAUCGUAUUAUGAGCUGUAGCUGUGAGCUCGAUCGACCCAGGGUAAUGAGGUUUCUCGAAGCAUAUUGGCUACAGACCGACUCAGAAAACUGGAUUAACUAUGGACGUCGGCAGACAGAUCAAGUCGGGUUUCUGAUACUCUAA